UAGCUUUUUACAYUUUUAUARCUGUURCAUCCACGCUCCAACUUGUAGACUUUCCUCCAAUGGACACGAGCAGUACGCGAAGUACUUAUUUCCAUACCAUCAAAAAUAAGAGAGCACAAGGGCGCAAGAUGAAAACGACACAAGUUCGCGAGAAAAUGGAGUGCGUUCAGAUGUGUUCCCUCCUUGCGGAUGGMUGYAUUGAUGUUAACUUUAAAAAGGAUUCUAAGGAUGGGUUUCACGAUUGCGAACUAUUAGAGGAAAGACACGUUGAUGAGAACGGACAGGAUGAUGACGAUGAACKRUUUGAUCACAUGGCAAUGCUUAUCCCAAAUUUCCCGGACUGCGCAGAGAUUUACAAGAAGAAUGCCCAAUCCAGUGGAUUGUAUCGCAUCAGACCAGUCUCCAAUCGGUCGAUUACAGCCUAUUGUGACAUGGAUACUAGUGGUGGGGGAUGGACCGUUAUUCAAAAACGACURGAUGGCUCCGUUGAUUUCUACCGUGAAUGGGACGACUACAAGARAGGGUUUGGUAACAAGCUUGGAGAGUACUGGUUGGGACUGGACGCCAUUCACUCKAUGACYUCAGKAGAAGGGUAUCAGCUGCGAGUGGACUUGGAGGAUUUCGAGGGAAACACGCGCUACGCAGAGUAUGACACGUUUAUGGUCGAUGGCGAAGCAGAGAGAUAUCGUCUAUUUGUUGGGGGAUAUUCAGGYAAUGCAAGUGAUUCAUUGUCAUCUCACGACCAACAGUACUUCUCUGCCCGAGACAAUGACAACCACGAUGAUACAGUGGGCUUCUCUUGCUCUAACCGUUACAAAAGUGGCUGGUGGUUCAAGGCAUGCCAUGCAAGCAAUUUAAAUGGAAUCUAUCUCAAGGGUAAUCAUACACAAGCUCAAGGUGCGGGCAUUAACUGGUAUUUUUGGACAGGUCUGCAGUAUUCUUUAAGGAAAGCGGAAAUGAAGAUAAGACCAAAAGACUUUUAAUCUAGGAAUAGGCAAUAUAACGUCAUUAAUCAUUCUUAAAAAAACGUUCUCGUUCUCGUUCUCGUUCCCCUUAUACGGUCAAUGGAAUAUCCCACUUGAAUGUCUUGGAGCCCAGUCCCCUAUUGUYUUUCUGCUGACAAAGAUAUAAACAGGCAAGUCCUCAUCGAGAAAACGCAUUUGUCUGCUAAGAGUUUAACUCUCCCUUUUUCAAAAGGAAAUAGCAAAAAAAAAAAAGAAAUUUAUAAACUGUAGCUUAUAUACCAAGUUCUCCUUUUACAAUUUUUCAUCCAAAAGCUAACUUUGUUAGGUAUUUGUUUUUUAUUGAUGCGAAAAAGUAAUCGUUCUGCUUAUCGCAUUUUUAUUGAGAUUUUUUAUAGCACAAACUGUAAAAAUCAACUAGCUUCUAGAUCUGAGUGCAAUGGAUGUAAGUAUAUAGAAUUGGUUGGAUGCAAUGGCUUAAAACAUUUAGAUCAUGCGGUGUUUAUUUUAAUUGAGUACAUUAUAUUUUCGUCUCCCUGAGUCGCAAAGUAAAAAGAUCACAGACAAAAACGCCAUGCCAUGUCGUAGGAGUAUAGCAUUAGCUAAUGGACUGAAGAGAUGGAUUAAUAGAAUUAUUCUCUAUAAUAGAUCAUACAUGAAACAUAAAAAACAACUAUGAAUAACAUUAAAAAGUAAU